AUGACCUGGAAGUUCUUGCUGCACAACCCUGAACUGUAGUUAAGUCCAUCCGUGCAUGAUGUUGGUUGUGCAGCAUAAAUGGAGAUUACUGGGAUAAAGCUUUAAUGUCCUUCUCACAGCUAAAGCUCUCCUCCUCCACCUCAGCUGCCAGUGUCUCCGCCAGCAGACACUCAUUCACUGCAACCCCUUGACUGCAGACACAGUGACCCAUCAUCCAGCUGCCAUGAAGACUGCUUUGGGCUUCCUCGUUCUCGUCUCUCUGGCCUCUCACAGUGCUCUCUCUUGCUCUGUCUGUGAAGGCCACGCCCUCAAGUGUCACACAUGUGUGGCCUCCAGUGAGGACGACUGCAAUAAGCAGGGGUCCACUUCCUGCCCUCAGUACGCUGAUGCCUGCUCCACUAUUACAGGACCAAACACUGUGAUGAAGUCAUGCACAUACAAGGCCUUCUGUGACAAGGCGCACAGCAGCAACUCCGGAGCCAAGAUGGAAUGUUGCUUUGGCGACGACUGCAAUGGGCCGCACCGCAGUCACAGUCACGGCAACAGCUCCCAAGCCCUGGCCUCCAGCCCGGUCGUCCUGAUGGCAGCCCUGCUGCUGCGCAUGGCCUUCAGUCAGCUGUGAAGUCAUCCUCCUCAGGAUGAUUUUCUAUCUGUUAUGUUAUAGCUCACUUUAAAGGAGGGUGGCAGUUUCGGGGCGUUUCAGCAGAGUACUCUAAAGUGUGUCAUGAUGUUAAUGAUUUAAGGAAAACAACUUAAUUUCACUGCUAUGAACUGCAUUCCAGGAGUCUUCUGUGUUCCAAAAUCCAAAUAAAAUGAAGAAAAGACAAAUUAUUGAAGUACAUUAUGUGAUUUGGGAUUAUUUGAAUGGAAACGCGGGAGAAUUUUAGGUAAAUACUUGUGAGGAUGUAGUUAGGUCAUCUCUUUAUUCUGGUGAUUUAUAUAUUUUUGUGCUUGAACUCAUGUCUGCAGUGUGUUUUGAAGCAGAGCUGAUGUUAUGGCCUCGUGUCACACAUGUAAACUGAAGGAGGCUCAGUGGGUAGUAACAAGUUGGAUGGAAACUUUACCUUUUUUCUGCAGCAUUCUGACUAAAAUUCUGUGCAGGCGCCACAGGAUAUGAAAUCAGCGAGGUAGGUCUCUGUACACAGGCAGGUCAUAUGAUGGGUAACCACUUCCUCUUAACAGGAGGACACAUUUUUACCAAAAGAAAAGUAAGAAUCACUCCUACGUAGGUGAAUCAUUUCAUUUGGCUGAUGGUACCAUCAAACUUCAGAUUGUAAACAAACUUAAAUAAAUUACGGUUUGAGAAAAAAAAUGGUGGCUUUCUCUUUCUGCUUGCCAGGAUGACUCAAUAUGCAGUUUCUGUUACUUGAAGGUGCAAGAAAAGUGAAGCAAAAUUCUGUUAUAAUACGUAAAAAAAUCUGAUAUUUUGUUAGAUCAUAAAAU